UGAGGGCCCAGGCAAAUGAGCGGGCGCACACAUGCAGAUAUAGAGGCGUGUGGGCUCGGGCCUGGGCCCCCGCCUCAGCACUCGCCAGAAUGGAGGGCAGCCCAACGCAGCUCUGUGGGGGCCGGGGGCCCGAGGAGGCGGGGGACAGCCAGGCCGUGACCCAGCUGCAGGAGCUGGCCCUGAGGUGGUUCAUGGAGACGCAGGCCCCCCUCAUUCUGCACCACGGAGCCCUGCCCCCCUGGUUUCACGGAUUCAUCACCCGCAAGCAGGCGGAGCAGCUGCUCGGGGACAAAGCUCUUGGCUCCUUCCUCAUCCGCCUCAGUGACCGGGCCACCGGCUACAUCUUGUCCUACAGGGGCAGCGACCGAUGCCGGCAUUUUGUAAUCACCCAGCUCCGAAACCGGCGCUACCUGGUCUCUGGGGACACUCAGAGCCACAGCAGCCUGUCUGAGCUCGUGUGCUACUACCAGGCGGUGCAGUUUGAGCCCUUUGGGGAGACCCUGGCUGCAGCCUGCCCCCGGCUGGAGGACAGCGAUCUCUACGACGCCAUCACUCUGGGCCUCCAGCAGACCAACCUGGGCCUGGAGGACCCGCCUGCCACGGCGCCCCCCACGGGGGCCCCAGACAAAGCCAGCGGCCCCCGACCCCCUCCUAAGCCCCAGGUCUCCUUCCUGCACAUGAAGAAGACCAAGGACAGGAGCCCCGAGAAUGUGUCCAAGGAGCAGAGCGUGGAGCCCCCCACCGGGGUGCCGCCCUUCCCUGGGAGGGGUGCCUCCCAUCCGGACCAGCCCCUUGAUGGCCCCAACAUCGUUUAUGCAGAACUGAGGAAGAGGAAGCAGGCACAGCUCGGUCUGGGCACAGAGGUGGCCGGCAGGCAUGGGCCACCUCCAGCCGGCAGCCAGGCCGGCACCCCUGGCAAGGGGUCCCCGAGCAGACUCUCAGACGGAAGCCAGGACGGGCCUGACAGCCCGGGGCCGGCCCUCUCGGGGGGCAGCCCAGACCAGGGCCCGGCCGUCUCUCCCACUUCCUGGGGCCUCCUCCUGCCCCCCCGUUCUGAGCCUGGAGGACCCUCAGCUGCCCCCUGGAGCCCGGAGUCCCUGAGGCCCGGCCACAGGGCUUGGCCCGGCUCCCCCGACAGCGCUGUGGACACCUAUGCACUGCUCCUGCAGGAGCCCGGUGACGUGCCGGACCAAGGCGGCAGCACCUACGAGGAGGUGCCGGUCUGCUGGGGCAGCCCCACCAGGCUCCUGCUUCCUCGCGCCGGUCUCCCCCGCGGCAGGCUGUCCGGGACCACAGACUGUGCCUAUGCCAGGGUCUCGGCGGCCCCGGAGCUCCUGGAGCCUGGUGAUGCCCCCCCACACACACCGGCAGCCAAGAGCAAGGAGCCUAGACAGACACACAAGCCUGACAGGCUCCGGAAGCUGUUCUUUGCGGACAAGAAGCACAGACCCUGACGGCCUGGCUCCCAGCAGCCCACACCGUGGGUCUCCCAGUGCCCUGCCCUGCAGGGGUCCCCAGGAGGUUCUCACUCGCCCAAAGGCGCCCCUCAGACCGCCCCAGCCUGGGACAGAAGCAGGCUCAGAGACACAGCGGGAGGGGUCUCCCACCCCAACGGAGGAGGGGGACUCACGCUCCUCCCCUGAGACCCAGGCUCAACAGAUGGCCUUGGCCUCCCAGGAGCCUCAGGGCACCGGGCACUUGGCCUCUCAGGACCUCCCUCAGGUCAGGUGGCUCUGCCUGGGCCCCUCUCCCCUCGGACCCUUUUUUCUGUUCCACCCACGUCCCCGCCUCCCUGAGGGUGACUGUCCACCUGCUGCUCCCGCCCACUGCCACAGGCAUGGGAGGCACCCGACUGGUGGCCUCCCCGCCCAUCCUGGGCAGAGCAGGUUUGGUCCCCACUGGUGGGCACUGUCCCCUGGGUGGCCUCGUGGCCGUGCAGCGCCCCCGCUGAGAAACCCGUGCACCCUGGGGGGGCACCGUCAGGACCGAGUGUGGCUGCCAGCCUGUGCCCAACAUUGUCACCGGAAGGAUGGCCGUCACGGAGGAGGUGCACACAUCUUUCACCGGAUGUCCGUCUGUCCUGCGUGUGGCUCUCUUGAGGAUUUGGGCACCGAGGCACCUUGGCUCCAGCCCUGAGAGAAGAGUCGGCGCCGAAUCGGGAGGCAGGCCUAGCCCAGGGGAGAAGCGCUAAGAGCGGCGGGCUCCCAGGACGAGGGCCAAGGUCCCGACACCGACAGACAGACACAGACACAGGCAGGGGGACAGCUGAGGGCUUUACUAGCAGCAGUUCGAAGAUGUGCGCACAGCACUCACCAGGUUCCCAAGGCUUCAGGUGGGGAAGGUCGGGAGAUGGGGACAGGCUGCAGCCCAGCUGUGGGGCUGUGGCAGGACUGCACAGCCAUUAACAUCUCCUCUUUCUUUCUCUUUGCCCUGGUGACCAGGAUGUGUUUCCCGCACGUGGUCAAGUCAGUCCCCCCAGCCCGUUGGGUGCUCUGUCUUUCCCUCCCAUGGGGACAUUUCUGAGGCAGGAAAAGUGGGUGCAGGGGAGGGUGGGGGCCCAAGGGGAGG